AAUCAAUGAUCGUUAUUGAUUUUAGAAAGUUCUAAAAUUUUAAAGGUAGUUUUAUCUUCUGCAUAAUUAUUUCUUGAUUAUUUUUGGGUCUUACAAUUUAUUUUUUGAAUACAUGAUUCGUGAGUCAUGAUUGUGUAAAAACUCGUCAAUUUCGUGCUGACGUAUGGUUAGGCUAGGUCGAUGGCCUUGUGACAGCUGAUGUGUCAAAGUCUUCUGCAGUUUCGCUAAUGGCACCUGUUUAUGUGCUAUCAUUUGUCAUUUGUUAGUUAAAACCUUCGUGAAACGAAAAAUGUUAAUUAUUCACGUGUAAACACUUGACAACAACCCAAGUCUCUACAGUACAAAGUUUCAAGAUAAAAAUGAGUCAAAAGUCUUCAGAAGAAUCGAACAAUGCAUCUGCCUCAACAAAUCUUGGCAGCUACUUUGACAGUAGUACGCCAACGAUUUUUGAUGAAAUUGUUUCAUCAAGUAAACCGGAUAUUUUUGCAACCGUCGGUUCUACCUCCAAGUUCAAUAUGCCACCUGGAACCCCAUCGGGCAACAUUUUUGAGAAUGAUUCGUCAUUCGAGGAGCCUAACGAGUAUGCAACUGUGAAUGACUAUCACCGUGAUGCAUGGAUUCCCUCAGAAAACACUAGGAAGAUUUUACGAUCAAUUGCUACUACUUCCACACAUGGAGGAAGUCAGCAUGACAGGGAAAAUUUAACAAUGCCAGGACUUGCCUUAGCGGAGGAGAUGUCUGAUCCUAUAAAAGAGGCUGUAACAUAUUUUUUGGGCGAAGAAGAAACUAUGAAUAGAAAUGUUUCAACUCUAUCAGAUGUAACUCAGGAUGAAAGGGGUCUCAGAAAUUUGAUUAAAGAAGGCUGUUAUCGUGCAGCAGUCAACCUAUCUGGACGACUUCUUGCAGUAUAUGGCCAAGGCUAUGGAAAAAUUAACCAUCCCAGUAAACAUACACCGCAUUCCUUGCAGCUGUGGUUCACUAGAUUAUCCUUGUUAACUAAAUUAAGACAAACGGAAAUAUUAGAAACAGAGUCCACGCCUUUCCACAAUUUGGAUAAGCCAGACAUGUAUUUUAUAUUUUAUCCCGAAUUGUAUGGCACGAGACCUGGUUCAAUGGCAUCUUUUGCAUUUAGAUUAUUACUUGCGGAAAUCCCAAUGUAUUACGGGAAAGGAAAGCGUGCUAUAGAUAAUUUGUAUGCUAUCCUCGCCACUAUUAAAAAAAUUAUCAACAAUUUAGAAAAUGGCUUGUCAGAAGAGGGAGGUGUAGCCAAAUUUAACUCAGACGAAAGGGAAGACUCACUUCAGCUUUGGAAAGCAAGGAGGUCGAGGACGUUAGUUUCGGUAGUCAAUUGUGCUCUUUCCACCAAAAACUACAUCCUGGCUACAGAGGUCUUGGAGCAACUUCUUAACUCCAAUGAGUGGAAAAAAGGACAAGCCGAAAUCCUUAAUUCGGCGAUCGGUAGGAUAUACCUUUCUCUGGGAGAUGUUCCUGCAGCUGAGAAGAAAUUCUCGAUUGUUCAGACGGAAAAUCCAAAAGCCGAGCACAUAAAGGAAUUGGUUGACAGAGGUCUCAUGGCAGUAGCUCAAAAUGCUUUUCAAGAAGCAUUGAAGUGCUUCAAAACAGCAUCGGAGCUGGAUCAUUCUAACAUUAUGUUGUUAAACAAUAUGGCUGUUUGUUUAUUGUACACAGGAAAACUGGAGGCUGCAGUUGACUUGAUGGAGAACAUGGUGACAGUACAAAAUCCCAUCAAGAGCCUUCAAGAAGCUGUGCUUCUGAACAUGUGCACAUUGUACGAACUGCAUACCACUCAUAGCAGGCAAUCAAAGCUGCAGUUGCUCAGGCAACUGAACAGGUACAAUGGGGAUGCAACAAAUAUUCAGUGCUUGAAACUUACUAUGUAAAGUUUGUUGUACAAAUCACGUGAAUAGAGUAUUAAUGAAUUUUUUUUAUUUAACUUAAGAUUACAAAAGUCUUGCGUGAAAUGUCUUGAAAAGAAAAAGAAAAAAGGCAAUAGAUAAACCAAGUUAUUAAGUGUACAUUUUUUAUUUACUUUUUUUUCCAUUGUGAAUUUAUAUUCCAUAGAAUUGAUUUCUGAUACCUAAUUCGGAACAAUUUAUUCAGGCGCUCACAAAGCGACAAUCAUAUCGUUUGAAUAAAUACAAAAUCAAGGUUUUCUAUACAAAAAUUCAUGCUGUUGACAGGACUGAAAUUUACCGACAAAGUUCUUUUUAUUUUAAUUUUAAGUAAGCUUUUAAUGAUAUAAACUACCUAACAUUAGACAUGUAGUGUUACAACACAAUAUUGUUACAACAGAACAUCCGAUUUUUCUUCGAUUUUUAUCUAGCGCAAAUGUAGUACGUUUAGCAAUGUCAUUAAUAUGCUUGUACGUUUCUAAAUUUCCACUAGAUG